AUGUGGAACACUAAAUUGUGCUUUAUUUUUUCCUCCCAACUUUACGUUUCCAUGCACCAAAAUGCUGAUGCUACAAAUAUUGGAUGCCAGGCUUACCUGACAGGCUUCUUCCAUCCCACCUGGGCGCGGGGGCUCAGAGCGAACGCGCGAACCGCGGCUGGAGCCCGCCUCUCGCCGCCGGAGCGCGCUCGGCCGGCCGCGGGUUCCCCUGCUGGCCCCGGUGCCGGAGCCGCUCAGCCGCCGGGGCUCCCGCAGUCAGCCCCCGACGCGCACGCGCGCUCCCCUCGGGCGGCCUUGGCGCCUCGGGUCUUCGGCAGGGCGGCGACUGGACGGCUCCAGCGGGAGGCGGGGCGAGAAGCGAGCGCUCGCGGCCACGUGACCGACGCCAACAUGGCGGCGCCCAGAAGCGUCCACCUGCUGAUCCGUAGAGGUUGUCGUAGGACUUUGUCUUCACCACUCAAUCAUAUCUACUUACACAAGCAGUCAAGCAGUCAACAAAGAAGAAAUUUCUUUUUCUGGAGACAAAGAGAGAUUUCACACAGUAUAGUUUUGCCGGCUGCAGUUUCUCCAGCUCAUCCGGUCCCUAAGCACAUAAAGAAGCCAGACUAUGUGACGACAGGCAUUGUACCCGACUGGGGAGACAGCAUAGAAGUUAAGAAUGAAGAUCAGAUUCAAGGGCUUCGUCAGGCUUGUCGGCUGGCCCGUCAUGUCCUCCUCGUGGCCGGGAAGACUUUAAAGGUUGACAUGACAACUGAAGAGAUAGAUGCUCUUGUUCAUCAGGAAAUCAUCAGUCAUGAUGCCUAUCCCUCACCUCUAGGCUAUGGAGGUUUUCCAAAAUCUGUUUGUACCUCUGUAAACAACGUGCUCUGUCACGGUAUUCCUGACAGUCGGCCUCUUCAGGAUGGAGAUAUUAUCAACAUUGAUGUCACGGUUUACUACAAUGGCUACCAUGGAGACACCUCUGAAACAUUUUUGGUGGGCAACGUGGAUGAGUGUGGUAAAAAGUUAGUGGAAGUUGCCAGGAAGUGUAGAGAUGAAGCCAUUGCUGCUUGCAGAGCUGGGGCUCCCUUCUCUAUAAUUGGAAACACAAUCAGCCACAUAACUCAGCAGAAUGGUCUGCAAGUCUGUCCACAUUUUGUGGGGCAUGGGAUAGGAUCUUACUUUCAUGGACAUCCAGAAAUUUGGCAUCAUGCGAAUGACAGCGAUCUACUCAUGGAGGAGGGCAUGGCGUUCACCAUAGAGCCACUUAUAACCGAGGGAUCCCCUGAAUUUAAAGUGCUGGAGGACGCAUGGACUGUGGUCUCCUUGGACAAUCAAAGGUCCGCCCAGUUCGAGCACACAGUUCUCAUCACGUCGUGGGGCGCAGAGAUUCUGACCAAACUGCCCCACGAGGCCUGAGGAGCGUCCAGAGAAGGUCGCAGAGGCCGGCACCUUUUUUUCCAAAAUUGCUGAAAUCCAGCUGGAGAACUUUUAGAAAAAACAGGCUAACGGCAGGUCCCUCAGUAACCUACCUAGCACCUAGUAGCGCCUUUGGAAAAUGCGGUGGGGCUUGGGGACAGUUGGGAAUUAAGAUCUGAAGUCCGGAUGUGGCCGUGCGCCUUCGGAGAGACGGAUCCUGGCGCCGGGCUGGGCUCGGCUUCCCAACGCGGGAAACGCAUCUUGAAAGGGAGUAGGAACGCCCUCAUUUGGAAGACGAGGGAUUCCUAGAAAUGAAUGGUUUUCUCUUUCCCUUGUCUUGACUCUGCCCGAGUAAAAGGAUUUAACCUCUUAAAA